GGAAAGGUGGAGGCCUGAAUACUAAACGAAGAAGAACCGGAUAAUUUGAGGUUAUAUUUUGAAAUUUGAAUAUUAAAUGAGAUAUUUCCCUUUAAUUACCAAUAUAAUUAGAAAUAUCUCUUCUUCAUUAAUGGCGAAAAGUAAAUUUGAAUACGUCAAACAAUAUGAAACCGAGGAAAAACUUUUACCAAAUUGUUGGAUUGUAGUUCGAAUUGAUGGUAAAGGUUUCCACAAAUUUUCUUGUAAACACACUUUUACUAAACCCAAUGAUACAAGGGCAUUGCAUUUGAUGAAUAAAGCAGCAGCCACAGUUAUGCAGGAGUAUAAAGACAUAGUUUUGAGUUAUGGAGUAAGCGAUGAAUAUUCUUUUAUUCUAAGAAAGGAGACUGCAUUGUACAAUAGAAGAAAAGACAAAUUAAUGACUUAUCUUAACAGCCUUUUUACAUCAUCUUAUGUAUACUUUUGGAAGGACUAUUUUCACGAUGUAAAAUUAAAAUAUCCUCCUUCAUUUGAUUCUCGAGUAGUGUUAUAUCCAUCAAAUGAAGAACUUCGAGAUUAUUUGAAUUGGAGACAAGCUGACUGUCACAUUAAUAACCUAUACAACACCACUUUUUGGGCACUCGUCCUAAAAAGUGGCUUGACUAAUAUUGAAGCUGAACAAAAAUUAUCUGGUACAGUUUCUUCAGAUAAAAAUGAAAUUUUAUUAAGUGAAUUUGGUAUUAAUUACAAUAAUGAACCAGAGCUGUUCAAAAAAGGUACCAUAUUGCUUAGGAAGAAGAUUAAACAUCCUGUUCAUGAAAAGCAAAGACAUGUAAUUUAUCCAUUCCACGAAGAUCUAAUUCAAGACAGUUUUUGGAAGAAAAACACUAAUAUAUUAAAAGGGGAAGUUAGUCAAGAUUAUGAUUGUUCUGAAGUAGACAAAUUGCCGGAAUUAGUAAUGCAACAGUUACAUUUGAAUAAUGCACUUCUUAAGGAAGAUGUUAAAGAAUGAUUGAAAAUUAUUAAUAAGAAAAAUUACCAGGCCUAUGUAAAGGAUAAAUACUUGUUGACAAUCAUAAAGGAUACGUUCCAGAUUAAGAUUUGAUUUAAAAGUUAAAUGAGUUUUCUGAAUACUUAAAAGUUGCAAAAUGAUAAUUUCACAUACAUUUUUUUUAUCUAUGGAAAAAUAAAAAGUAUUAAGAGAUAUUCAUCAUUUAUUUUAAAAUAUAUUGUUUAAUAAAUAUAUCAAAGUACAGUGAAUUUAUUUAAAAAGAAUAUAUAGAGGUACAUUUUCUACAAAUAAAAUCAUUGUUGACUAGCAUUUGACAUUACAAUUAUUAUAUAUUUAAAUAUUAGAAUGUGUUUUAUUUUAAAACGUGUGGGCAUUUCUGCAGACUCCACAACCUAAAGCAAAUUCUUCACCAGUAGGUGGAUGUUUGACAUGCAACGGGCAUUCUUCACCUUCCAAUUGUUUGGCCCUAGGUCCUG